AUGUCUCAUAAAACAAGAAAAAACCAUUUGUCGACACAAAUCCCAACUCCUGUAUCAAGUCAAAUUGAGAAUAAUAACAUUUAUCAAAGAAGACCUGAUAAAAGAAACAAUAAUAACUCUAUUAGACCAACAAAUACCAAACCAAAUGAUACUGUUUAUUCAUUAAAACCAUCACCAGCUUUGACUGUUAGAGAAGGCACCUCUAUUCUCGAAGCAUCACAACUUAUGGCUGCAAAACGUGCUGAUUGUGUUUUGGUGAUUGAUGACGAAGAAGCUUUAUCGGGAAUAUUUACUGCCAAGGAUUUGGCUUUCAGAGUAGUAGGCGAUGGCUUAAACCCAAGAACAACAGUUGUAAGGCAAAUCAUGACAAAAGAUCCAAUGUGUGUCAGAGAUAACACAUCAGCUAAUAAUGCUCUCAGUACAAUGGUUACACGAGGCUUUAGACAUCUUCCUGUGUGUAACGAAGAGGGCGAUGUAGUAGGACUUUUAGAUAUCACAAAAUGUUUGUAUGAAGCUUUAGAAAAAUUAGAGCAUGCUUAUGGAUCUUCUAAAAAACUUUACGAUGCUCUUGAAAAUGUUGAAAGAGAAUGGUCUAAUCAAUCAACCUCGGUUUUGCAAUAUAUGUCAAUUUUAAAAGAGAAAAUGGCAUGUCCUGAUCUAGCCACCGUGCUGGAUGGCUCUUCACCCGUACAAGUCGGGACUAGAAAUUCUGUUAGAGAUGCAGCUAGAUUAAUGAGAGAAUAUAGGACAACUGCCGUUUUGGUAAUGGACCGUAAUAUGAUUGCAGGCAUUUUUACAAGUAAAGAUAUUGUCCUGAGGGUAAUAGCUGCAGGUUUAGAUCCUUCCACAUGUAGCAUUGCUAGGGUAAUGACUCCUCAUCCUGAUACUGCUUCUCCACAUACUAGUAUCUUGGAUGCGUUAAAAAAGAUGUAUGAAAGAGGUCCUGAACCAGGUGGUCCAUUGUGGAAUAAUCCUUGGAAUUCAUCUGCAAACGAUGGUGAUAACGAGUCAUUCGUUUCAGAUUCAAUAACACCAUCACAAAGUGCCUCUAAUAUUCCUCCCCAAUCACCACCUCAUAUGAUCGGAUCAGGUUAUGUUACUCCAAUUUCAGAGAUUCAUCCUGAUGAAUCAGCAUCAGUAAUCGAUGAUGGCUCUGCAUUAUCUUUCCCUCGUUGUCACGAAGAAAACUUCUUUACUUUCAAAUUCAAAGCUCCAAAUGGUAAGUCGCAUCGGUUUACUGUCGAUUACACAAGCUUUGAAAAUAUUUUUUCAACUGUGACAUCCAAGCUUCCAUCAACCAUCAAGGAUUUCAGCAUUUCUUAUAUGGAUGAAGACAAUGAUUGUGUUACAAUGUCUUCAGAUGAUGAUGUUUUUGAUGCUGUUCGUAUAGCACAACAACAAGGUCAAACUACUGAUGCAAGUAAAAUCGGUAAUGGUCUUUUAGAGGUUAUUGCUUUACGUAUAUUAAAAAAUGUAAAAGAUAAAGACCAUGCUAAAAUCAUUAAAAUCAUAUUCAUUAAAUGA